UCCGUGGACCUAGAACUGUAUUGAAAUAUUUAAGCUCUCCUUUAAUGAAGAGAGAGGACGACGUGUAGGCGGGUCUUUAAGACAGCUGUCUCUGAGGCGGAAGUAAUUGUCAAGAAAAAAAGAUGGCAAGCUAUCCGUACGGGCAGGGCUGUCGUGGAUCUACAGGACCUGCUCCUGGUGCUCCUCCAAGUGGAUACUAUCCAGGACAGUCUUCAGCAACAGGGCAGUAUGGUGGUCAUCCAGCCACUGGAGGUUCUUAUGGAGGUGGACCACCACCAACUGGUUCUUAUGGGGGAUCUGCACCAGGAGGACCGUAUGGGCCAUCCCAGCAAAACCCAUCGGGAGGACCUUAUGGAUCAUCACAGCCGCCGCCCUCUGGAGGACCUUAUGGACAGUCUCAGCCACCACCAUCUGGGACACCUUAUGGGCAUCCUGCACAGUCCGGGCCUUAUGGAGAACCAAUGCCAGGGGCCCCAUAUGGAACAGGAGGACAGUUUGGGGGUCCUGCUCCAGGAGGGCCGUAUGGAGGAGGACCUACUGCUCCAUAUGGUCAGAAUCCUUCAGCUGGUAAUGUUCCUCCUGGUGUGAACCCAGAGGCCUAUACAUGGUUUCAGACAGUGGAUGCAGACCGCAGCGGCUUCAUCUCAGUCAAUGAGCUGAAGCAGGCCUUAGUAAACAGCAACUGGUCCACUUUCAGUGAUGAGACCACACGGAUGAUGAUGAAUAUGUUUGACAAGUCAAAAACUGGGAAGAUUGAUGUUUACGGCUUCUCUUCACUUUGGAUGUUUAUACAGCAAUGGAAGAAUCUGUUUCAGCAACACGACCAUGACAAGUCUGGUAGUAUAAAUGCAACAGAACUGCAGCAAGCUUUGUCUCAAAUGGGAUAUAACCUGAGCCCACAGGUAGCACAGAUGCUAGUUUCCCAGAAUGCUUCAAGAUCUGCAUAUCCCACCAUUCAGUUGGACCGAUUCAUCCAUAUCUGCACUCAGCUCCAAAACAUGACUGAAGCCUUCCGAGAAAAAGACACCAGCAUGAGUGGCAACAUCCGAAUCAGUUAUGAUGACUUUCUGUUACCACGAUAUCACGACUGCUGUAAUGGCACCUCCCUGUAUAGCUGUAGGGGCUUGCCAUUCACUUCCUUAUUACAUAUGGUGUGCUAAUUCUGAAGACAAUGGAGAAAGCAGAAGAUGUGUGCACAUCAAGUUUCACUUUAGAGCAGGGUAUGACGUCUUGCUGCAUCCUGAAAGACUUGCACAGCUGCAUCUCCCCAUUCCAUGAAGGUACCGCUCAGAGAUGUCUGUUACAGACAGAAAACUGUGAUUUGUGCUCCAUGUCACUUUUUUGUCCCAUAUUAUACAAUGGUAUAACCACUAGCUACUUUGUAUAGCUUGCUAACUGAACAUUCCCAAGCAUUUAUAUGUAGGCUAAUUAGUUAAGAGUUCUUUUAACGUUUAAUUUACUGUUCACCUCACUCUAGGUAACUGUAGUCGCCUUUCUCAGGUCUCUCUUUUGUGUGUGAUUUUUAUCAGUCCUGGAUUGGCACACAUGAAUAAGGAUGUUUCAUUUCCUGUGUUGUCAUUUCUUUUUUGGGGUCUUCUGGAUGUAGAUAUCAGUGACACAGUCCUGUGAGUGUUCAUCUGCUUGUGAGUAAAAAGUAAUGUCUUUCAGCUCUUCCCGGUUAGGGAUCGCCACAGCGGAACACCGGUCCGCUUAUGAUUGGCAGUAGAGUUUUACGGUGCCAAGGUGCCAGCCCAAUGCC